AUGUCCGGCCGCGGUGGUGGGAGAGGAGGCGGAGGCUUCCGUGGCGGCCGUGGAGGCGGCGCCAGAGGAAGUCUCGCCAAUGUCGCCUGGGCUAAUGACCCAACCCUCAAGGCCGACAUGCGCCCGUCCGAGGUGUUUCCGGAAUAUGUCGUCCCAACAGCCGCGCCUUUGACUUCGAGAGAAAAGUCUCAAGUCUCAUCGUACCUGCUCGUGUGUGAACAAAUUCACUCUGGGCCGCUUUACACGCAGACCCGAACCUGGAAUGUCGACUCGGACACUCCGUUGCGAACUUAUGGCCAGGAGCAGGUCAACCAGCGCUACGGAGUCAAGAACAAGGCCACUGUCGACCCUUUCUUCAGUAUGCCGAUGUACUCCAAGAGAUUGGAGCGUAGGGAGCGCACGUUGCCAGACCUCUCGGCAAGGCCAUUUAUGAAAACUCUCUUCCCCACCGAAUUACACGAUACACUCGAUGGCAAUGAUGGUGCCGGCAAGAGUGGGCGCGGUGGCACCGGCAAGAAGAAGGUACUUACUCUUUCCGAGGUCCACUCCCUCCGAACCGCAGAGGAUAUCUUUGGACGGAACGAGACGGACGAGGAGCGCAAAAAGCGCCUCGAGGCACUUGCCAAAGAGGAGGAGGAGGGUGAUUUGGAUGCAGAGGAUGAGGAGGGCAUGGAGGAAGAGAUGGAUGAUGAGUUUGAGGACUCGGACGAAGGUGACUACAAUGCCGAGGCUUACUUUGACGGCAACGACUACGACGACUACGAUGAAGGGGAUGACGGAGCAGAGGGCAUCUACUGA